CUGAUAGUUUUCGACAUCAAUUUAUCACCAGAGCAUUUUCAGGGCACUUGUUCGGAUAUUCUUAUUCGCGCUGAGGAAAUUCAGCGUCUGAAAAAACGCACUCAAGAGAUAUACGUGCAUCACACUGGUCAGACAUAUGAGGUUAUUCAAGAGACUUUGGAUCGCGACCGUUUCAUGAGCGCACGUGAAGCGAAACAGUUUGGAAUUGUCGAUAAAGUCGAGUCUCAUCAAGGAUCCGUACCACAAGAAUAA